AGGGGAUCCUCAAAUGACAAGUCAUGUGAUCUGUAGCUGACAAAUGCAGUCAACAAGCUAUGCUUGUGCUGGUGAAAACAACUGAAAGCAGACGGUCCUUCCGCGUUUGAAGACGCUCACAUCUGUUGGGGGAUCGAUCCGAUAGCUAACAUGCAGAACGCCAUUAAUUCCGUAAAAGGCACGGCCCUUGGUGUGGCCGAGUUUUUCACUCCAGUACUGAAGGUAAGUUAAAUUAGCUGGCUCGCUAGCUAGCUACUGUAGCUUGCUAUCACUCAGCAAUGAUGAUGUGGAGCAUGCUAACAUGCUAGCAUGCGUUAUCGGGAAGUCUUCCCUCAAGUGCUCUCAACAACAUGUAUUAUGUAGCUACAAUUCGUUGUUAACAAUCCUGUUGCAGUGUAUAAUCUCAGUAUAUUACAUAUUUUGAGGUUUCUUGGCGUUGAUGACUGUCUUAUCAAUAUGUCAUUGUAGCUAGCUUCACAUGAUUCCAGUUAAGCACAUUUGAGAAAUGUGACAGUCAAUGUUUGAGACCUUCAAGUAAUAAAGAAUGGAAUGUCUAACCUCCUCUGUAAUUAAAUAGUUUGCAGGCAGUCACACAAAGGAAAAGUUAAAGAUAUCAAACUCUGCCAACACAACAAUUAUAUCCCUUCUUUAUUUUGUCUGACAGGAAUCCAAAUUCAAGGAGACUGGAGUUAUCACUCCAGAAGAGGUGAGAAAUGUCUUUCGUAUCAUUUGUAACGGAGUCACUUUUAAAAGCCCAAUAAGUCACACGUAUGUAGCCUUUCAUCAUUUGGGAAAAUAAGUGCAACUGAAAGAGAUUUCCAGAAGUGUCAUCUGACUGAACUAUCACAACUUCCUAUUAAAUCUCUCUUUUCUCACCAUUAGUUUGUAGCUGCUGGAGAUCACCUUGUUCAUCACUGCCCCACAUGGAAAUGGUGAGUGUCCAUUGGAGUAAGAUUGAUACUCUAAUAUUGUACACGCUACCCCAGGACAAGGGUUGGCUCCAUCCAAGUCAAUUCUGAAAUUGAAUUACACUCUUAUGAAGAAAUGCCCAUGUUCUAAAUCCCAGUACAUUCCAGAAUUGAAUUACACUGUUAUGAGGACAUGUUCCUAUGUCCAGUUAAACUAACAGGAAUUGAAAUUGACUUUAACCCCACCUCUGAUAUAUUGUAGUCAGCUAAAUUGCACUUCUCAAAUCUAAUUAGUCUGAUAUGAGCAUGUAAUAACUCUGGAUUGAUGUUAUGCUGUCUCUCCAAAUAUAGAAUCAACUACAGUAUGAUGUUUUGACAGCACAGUAGUCCCAGAUGUCACAUCAUGUUUAUUCCCUCCAGGGUGUCUGGGGAAGAGGAGAAGGUGAAGCCAUAUUUACCCAAGGAUAAGCAGUUCCUAUUAACUCGCAAUGGUAAGAACUGUGUGAACUUUGUCUACAAUACUGUUACUUGUCCUUAUUGUUGCUGUAGUAAUAUAUAUGUUUGGUGGGUGUGCGUGCCUACAGUUCCUGUUACAAGCGCUGUAAACAGAUGGAGUAUUGUGAUGAACUGGAAGCCAUCAUAGAGGAGGAUGACGGCGAUGGAGGAUGGGUCGACACCUACCACAACUCAGGUUGGACACUUUAGACAUUUCGUGUGACAAUGGUUCAUUUUCUUGGGUCUUUUUUGUUGUAGUGCAAUAUGCCUUAAUUAUUGAUGUGCUGCAGAGUGCAGUUUCAGGAAUACAUUAGAAAUACAAGUUUGCUUUUGGGUUUGUUUGUCCAGGAAUGUUGAUGUUUCAAAUUUAUAUUUUAGGUGUAGGGGGAGUUACAGAAGCUGUGCGAGAAAUCUCAUUGGACAAUAAGGUAGAUUUUGAUUGAACAUUUACAUUUUGUUAUUGUAUCCUAGUAAUCUGCAUUGAUAAUGAAUGUUUCAAACUAACAACCUUAGAUUAAUACCAUUUGCAGGCGUCUUUUUAAAUAGUUGUAUUCCUUUGUUUUUAAAGGACAACAUGAACAUGAACGUGAACUCUGGUGCUAGUGGGAACGGUGAUGAUGAUGAUGAUGAAGGCGAGGCAGCAGAUAUGGAAGGUAUCUUACUCUAUACUCCUCAAGGAAUAUACCAAAGAUUUGUAUAACUAAACCAAGAUAGUCCACAGCCUGUCGUUUUCAAAUGGGAACAAAUGAGUCAUAGUGGGCAGAACAGGCAAGGAGGUGGGCAGAGCCAAGCACGAGCUAGCGAGAUCCUAUUAGUGCGUUCUAGCAUACGUGCAUAUUUCCAUUAGGGAACACCUACACUGUGAAGUGCGCGUGUGCAAUAACUCAAUUCGCCUUUGCACUCCUAAACAAUGCAAUUUUUUUUACUUUGGCAAAGGGUAAAGUCUACAAAACUUACUUGACUGUUCGUAACAUAUUUUAGUUUUGUGAACAGAAAAUUGAAUUGAGAUCAAAUGUUUCAUCGAUGAGAGAAUUAGCAGAAUGUCGGACCAAAAUCCAUCUUUUCCCACUGCUGGCCACUGGGCUUCCUCUCACUACCAUAGUUGGUAGUGAGUGGAAACGCCAAGCGGAUGCUUCACAUUUAUACAUCUGGUGAAAUAUCUGUCUCAUUGUUCUAUCUGUGGUUAUACUUCACUAGUAAUGUAAUGUAAUGUAAUGGUUCAGUUUGUGUCUUGUUCUGUUCUUUCAGAGUAUGAGGAGAGUGGACUACUGGAAACAGAUGAGGUCAGAAGUUCACAGUAUUGUUGUAACUUUUAUUGUACAUCGCAUCCGUUUCCAGGAAGUGUCUCUAUUCCCCAUUUUUCACUUCCUGUUAGGCCACCCUGGACACCAGUAAAAUGGUGGACUUGUCUAAAUCCAAAACGGGAGAGGCUGGGAACGAUGACAUCCUGCAGACUCGAACCUAUGACCUCUACAUCACAUAUGACAAAUAUUAUCAGACUCCUCGACUCUGGCUGUUUGGAUACGAUGAGGUAACGCACUUAUUGUACCUUGUAAACUAGCUCUGAGCAGUACGGCGUCAGCUUAGUGUAAUUGGGUUUCUAGGGUAGACCAAAAAGUGCAUCCUAUGUCAGUUACAAAACAUGUUGGCAUUUAGAUACUGCUGUGUGUCCUUUUGGAUUGCAUUGUGAAUAUUAUUGAGGACGUACAUCCAAAAGUGCGUUCUUACAGCUGAGGAAGAAUGAUGUCUUUGACUUACCUGGGAAACCGAGUUCCUGGGUUCUAUGUUCUGUUUACCAUUUUCCCUCUCACUCCUACAGGACAGACAGCCCCUGACAGUGGAUCAGAUGUACGAGGACAUCAGCCAGGAUCAUGUGAAGAAAACGGUCACCAUCGAAAAUCACCCCCACCUACCACCCCCUGCCAUGUGCUCUGUGCAUCCCUGCAGGUAAAAGCAAGAGAUCAUGAACAUGCUGUCAGUGUCUCAAAAUGUGAGGAGUGCUGAUCUAGGAUCAGGUCCCCCUUUCUAUUCAUUAUAAUCUAAAAGGCACAACUGAUCCCACAUCAGAACUCCUAUUCUGAAACGCUUUUUGAGUAUGGGCCCUGAUCUGACGUUACUACUCAUUGAGGGAGCACUUAUGGUCCUGUAAACGAAUGUUGCCACUUCCUGUUUUCCAGACAUGCUGAAGUGAUGAAAAGGAUAAUCGAGACCGUGGCGGAAGGGGGAGGAGAACUUGGAGUUCAUAUGCAUCCUUUAAGUGAAUUGUAGGCUGAGCUGAAGUCAGUCAAGUGUUUUUAAUGCAGCUUGGUGAUUUAAUAUGUAUCAUUAUGUGAGGGAUAAUCGAGGGGCUAUGUGUUCUGUGGACGGUGUGUUCCACGACGCGCUAACGGAGUUGCAUUAAUUUCAAGAGAACGCAUAGAGCCCCGAGUUUUUUCCCUUACAUAAUGAUAUAAUAUUCACAAUAUUCCCAGCCUCUCCCGUUUAUUCCUUUCAUACCAUGGCAAUAAUUUAACACAUUUACCGCUUGAAAUGUGUUCAACAUCCACUGAAGUAGCUAGCAAGUUUACUAGAUAGCUACAGUAGUUGCCUUGGUAACCAAACAAAGAAAUCAUCAGUCGUAGCUUGCUGUUAUGAAAAUCGAAUUCAACGUUUUCAAUUCGACUUUUGCUUUCAAACGCAGCUCAAAGAAGGUAGACUUCAAUGGCUAUAGUUGAAUUCUACCGUGCUGAUAUACUGUGCUUUAUCGUGAAAUGAGUAUUCAACAAUGCCAUGGUAUAAUUCAAUGUAACCCAAGCUAAGGUGAGUUGUGAAUAGAAGUGAUCUUGCUAAUACGGUUUCUCUUCCAUUCUUGCCUACACAUUAUUCCUUAACUUAAUGUUUCAGGUAUCUGUUGAUUUUCUUGAAGUUUGUCCAAGCCGUCAUCCCCACGAUAGAAUACGACUACACAAGGCACUUCACCAUGUAG